CUCUCUCUCUCUCUCUUUCUUUCUCUCUCUUUCUCUUACGAAAGCAGAUCACAGGAACAACAACUAUGUCUUCGUCUUCGAGGAUCUUCCCGCCGAUUCUCAUCGCAACCCUCGUUCUCUGCGUUGGUGUCGCGCAGGGUAUCAGAUGUUACAAAUGUGGACAAUACAACGAGGGAGUGGGAAGUAUCACGCCUUGCAUUAAUUUUACCGCUCAUAUGGAUUUGAAGGAUUGUCCACCGAAUUCCGAAUGGUGCAUCAAAUACGUCAGCGAAGGUUCGACGGUACGAGAUUGCGUCGAAACGUGCACGGAAAAAGAGGCUUGGAGUACGAGAACAUAUUGCUGUCAGCAAGACGGUUGCAACUCGGGUCCUUCGUUGACGUCUAACAGCAAUGGCUACGUUGUUGUAUUAACGUUGACGAUGCUAGUUCUUAUUCUUGAACGCAGUCUUCGUGGCUAAUACGCCCUUAAGAAGGACGUAAGGGAGUCGUUUUACGCGGCUGUUCCAGGAUCGUCGGCUACGGCCAGUUUUCAAAACGCGACCAUCCUCCUCCUUCCUUCGACGAGAGGAACAAUAAUAACAACAACAACAACGACAUCAGCAACAACAAUAAUUACAACAAGCACGAGAAUCGUUACGGUUUGCCCUUACUACGUUAAAACCGUGCUUCCGAGCUUUAACGCGAGCAAAACGUAGUGACGUCACCAACGGUUCAUGCCUUUUUCCUAUUCACCUCUUCCUCCUCCUCCUCCUCCUCCUCCUCCUUCUUCUCCUCCUUUUUUAUCUUCUUAUUUCUUCUUCUCUUUAUUCUUAUUUUCAAGCUCGUGGUCGUAGUCGUUUCACGAGGGUUCUUUUUUCAAUCGUCAAGCUACGAAUUUACCCUUUCUCCGCUUUUAUCAUCUUUCUUUCUUUCUUUCUUUACUCCCUUCUCUCUCUCUCUCUCUCUCUCUCUCUUUUUCUCUCUUCCUCCCCCUUCUCGUUCUCGCUCACUUUCUCUGUCUUUAACCCUUUUACUCUCUCGAUAGUUUUCUUUUUAACGAGGAUAUGACAAUGAGGUUCUUGACGUUCCGUAAUCCUCGAUAA